AUGGGUUCGGAAACGCCGCUGCUAGCGAAGCUGGACGCUCUAAUAGCCGAUGUGCUAGCUGACUGGAAUAUCUACUCGACUGUGAUUGCAGGCGGCAUUGUUGCUUUCCUUAUUUUCUCGUUCAUUGCCUCGAAAGACCCAGAUAUCCAUCCAUUUCUUCUCGCUCGUCAAUCUACUGAAACUUUUGUGCGACAACCGGGAGAAUCCGCGCCAUUCCGGAGCUUAGAGACACCAUACGGCUUUCCGUUAAGGUCCGGUCUUAAUGUUAGGGACCCCGGAACACCGAAAUGGAGCGCUGGACGAAAGGGUGAUCUGCGGGACAUCUGGAAGACUGCCGUGCGUGGUGUGGUGAACGAAGAUGGCUCGCUUUCCGGAAAGCAGAGCAAGAUCUAUACGGUGCUCGGAAGGAAGGCAAUUGAACACUCGUUGGACCAAAUCACCCAAGAAAUCAACGUCAUCGGUCACUACCUUCAGGCUGCGCAAGCGAAAACGGUUGCUGUUUGUUUGACUGACUCCGUUGAGCUUCUGGCUUCUAUCUUCGCCGGUGCUUUCUAUGGCUUCAGAGUCGUCAUUGUGCCUCACAACCUCGAGCCUGAAAUUCUGUCAACGCAUCUGCAGAAGGUGCAGGCCGAGACGUUGAUCGCUGAGGCUGGUGCCCUUGACCUGUCUACUGUAGCCAAGGGCAACAAGCAGCUCUCUCAAGUGGUCUGGGUUGCCAAGCUUGGAAGCCGCCAUAUGGAUUGGAACGAGGUCCCCGCGGAUGUUAAAGGCGCCCUGUCGGUCACUGUCUGGCACGAAUUGGUUGAUGAGAAGAGGGACCUGGCUGGACUUGAGGUUCCCACCUACGACCCUAAGUCACCGUCCCCCGGUGUGACUACUGUUUGGCCGUCUUCGUCGUCUGAGGGCAAGUUCAUUGACUUUAAGCCAGAGAACUUGGUUGCGGCUAUUGGUGCGCUUAACUCUACGCUGCCCCGUGCUCAACGGUUCGACUCCAAUGACUUGGUCCUGUCCAUCGACUCCCUUUCUCGGUCUUACCCGCUGUGCCAAGUUCUGAGGGCACUCUACGCCAACGCAUCUGUCGCGCUCAAUUCCGUUGCAGGUGAAAGCGUUGACUUUGCCCUGGCUACCGUUGGAGUGUCCCCUACCGUCAUCGUCGCCUCUUCCCGCACCAUGUCAGACUACCACAGCAAGGUCAUGAAGCCGCACACGGGCCUCAUUUCCUCAAUCACUCACUGGUUCGAAGCCCGGAAGCUAGAUGCCGGAAAUAUGCCCUCUCACGGUCUUCUCAACCAGGUUGGCAACAUGGGUCCUACCUCGGAACUUUCUUUCGACAAGUUGCGCUUGAUAUGCAUCUCGCACCGCUGUGACGCAGACAAGGACGUCCUUCUGGCCUCUGAGCAGUUGACUGAUCUUAGGAUCUUCACCGGUGCUCGUGUCGUGUACGCUUUGACCGGUCCUGGUGUUGCUGGUGCAGUCGCCCAGACCAACGUCUUCGACUACAGACGCUUUGAAGGAGCUAGUCAUUUCGGAAGCCCGUUGAGCAGUGCAGAGAUUCUCUUGACUAGCGCUGCUGACGAUAAGCAGGACAGGGUCGUUGAGGGACAGAUUACGGCCGCUGGCCCCGCUGUCGUCUCUGGGAAGACCACCCUUCCUGCUCAGGGACGAUUCCGUCCAGACAACACACUGGAGUUAGUCUCCUAG